GAAACCUGCACAGAACCACUACAACGAACAGCACAAUAUUAGAUCAGCUAACCGUGCGGCAGAAGACUCAUCGGGAGUUCUGGACACGUCGCGGGUAAAGACAGAGGUCUUCCUCGCAACCGCAAUCGUGCGGGUAGAAGAUCGUGACGGGACGAAUCACUUCGCGCGCGUGGUGUUAGAUAGUUGUUCUCAGUGCAAUUUUAUCUCGGAAGCGGUCGCCACCAAGUUACGACUACGGCGGACCAAAACAAAUACGGAAGUCGCGGGAAUCGGUCCGGGUAAAGUGCGUGUUACGGAAUCGGUCACUGUGAAGCUUCGCUCGCGGACUCGUCCUUUCGAAACAUCGGUCGUUUGCCUCAUUAUUGCCAAAAUUCCGGCAAUUUUACCAAGCCAAAAUAUCGACAUUCGCGACUGGCAGGUUCCGCGUAACGUGAAAUUAGCCGAUCCAAAGUUCAACAUUAGUGCGGGUGUGGACAUUUUACUCGGGGCCGAACUCUUCUUCUCGUUAUUGCUUAGCCAGCAAUGUAAAAUAAAUGUCGGAUAUCCACUAUUACAGGAAACUGUGUUUGGACAUAUCGUGUCAGGGAUGUACACGGGGCGUGGAGCAAACCCAUCGUUGUGCAUAAUCAGCAGUGCCAGCGGGCUGGAUGCCAUCCUAGAGCGAUUCUGGCAAGUGGACGACUUUGACCGCGGUCGAGCGCUGUCGCUAGACGAUAGGUGGUGUGAGGAUCACUUUAAUCGCACGGUUUCGCGUCGGGAUGACGGGCGUUACGUGGUACGGUUGCCACUCCGCGAAGAUCGAAGACCUUUUCUCGGUGACUCGUAUAAUCUAGCCCAGCGUCGGUUCCUGGCUAACGAGCGCAGAUUUGGAUACGACCAGCAGCUUCGCGACGACUACCUGCGAUUUAUGGACGAAUAUGCUGAACUCGGACACUUGGAACCGGGCUUACGCACAGGAAAUGCGGCGUACCGUCCAAGAUUUUUGGAAACGAUGGACUCGGGAUUACGUUCAUCAUUUGCAUCAACGUCCAAAAUGGCACCAAGGCACUCGAAACCCUCAGGUCGGCGAGUUAGUUUUGUUGAAACAAGAGAACCUUCCGCCGUUGCAAUGGAACAUCGGGCGAAUAACCGCCACACAUCCGGGCAGAGACGGCAGGUGCAGGGUGGUCGACGUCCGCACCACAAGGGGAACUUACCGGCGUGCCGUAGCAGAAGUAUGCCUGCUGCCAAUCGAAACCGAGAGCAGCAAAUUAGAAAACCCAGUCCAGCACCAGAUGCAGCUCCCGACAAGCCAGCGCGAACCGUAAAAUUGUCAGAAGCUCGGUUCAAGGAGACGGAUGAAGCAGAGAGUGAGUAAAGGAGUUGACCCAGUCAACUAGGGGCAGGAUGUUUGUAAUAACACGAAUUGUUGUUGAAUAACAAUAAUUGUUUUUGAUUAGGAAUGCAAAUCACCUCGGCGCAGCCCUACCACAAUGAAUUUGGUAGCGGUGGGUUGCGUUUAGGUGUUUCCGCCGUAGGUUAGGACAAUUACGAUAGGUAUGAUCGGGGAAUAAGUACAAAAAUAAAAUCACUUGGAA